ACAUGCGCAGUGUCACUGACUGCUCAGUCGGUGUCCGCACGGUCGCUGGACGUAAACUCGUAUAGCGCGGCAGAGGAAUAGCAGCACCAUACUUGCUGAAAAACUCUGUAUUAAAACGAUUAAAAGCUACAAAUUAUGAACUGAAGCUACGUUAAGAAAUUGAAAGUAACGUCUGAUUUCGUGUUCAGUGUGGUUUUUAUUUAAAGUGUUGUGUGAUAGGUGAUUUUGAGUGUGUGGCGUCAAGUCCCGUUGACCGGUUUUAUUUCAAAACUUUGGAAUCUUGCAUUGGCGGGUCUUAAGAUGAUCACAACACACGGAUAAAGAAAAUCAUGUGCAAACUAAAGCGAGUAAGAUAUAGUUGGAUAAUGCUGGGAUGACAUAGAUGCGCGUGACCGUGUGAGCACUAUGCCGCAGUCGGCGCUGGGGCUCGGCGGGGAGCGCCGGUACUCCGUGCCCUCCAACCCUCUGGUGCACGAUCCCCGGGGGAUGCACUCGGAGGACCUGCACGCAUGGUCGAUAUACAGACAAAAUCUGAAUUCGGACUUCACCGACAGCGCCCUAGGCAGCACCGACAAGAGCCCGCUCCCUUACGGCAACUUCCAGCUCCGCGAUACGACCGUGCAGUCCAUAUUGUCACACCCUCGAUAUGGACCCAAAUCAGCCCUGGGCUCGAACAUGUACACCUACCUGAAGUUCGGUCUCCCGAGGGUGUUCCCACCGAACCACAACGGCUCGCAGCGCUCCGGCACGCCCAAGCCCAAGACUUCUAUUGGCAGUGGCAUGAAACCUGCCCCAAGGAUCCAAAGGCAAAGUCGGGGCGUGCGAGAGACAUCGUCGGGAUACGACAGCUCGGACAACGAGACCACCACCAACUACAAGUACAGCCGAAAGUACCGCUCCGACCCUGACUUCAGGAUGCAGAACUUACACCCUUCGUAUCAGCACAGCACAGCAGUGCCAGUGGUGGCCAUGCAGCAGGCCGGCAUCCGAGGGGAGCCUCAGUGGACCGGCACGAGGAACAAGUCCGUCAGUGAAGCCAACCUCUUAGGCAUUGAUGCCAGGCCGCACCGGUCGCACUACAAUAGGCGGAACAGUGUCGCCGACUUUGUGCCUGAUAACGACCAUCAUAGCUACCUAAUGGCGCCGUCGCACUUAGGCGGGCGCGCCUCCAAAGCCGGCAGCCACAUGUCGGUGGCGCACUCGCGGAAGCACUCCACGCUGCGGCCCACAGACCACCUGGAUGGGUACACCCACUCCGCGUAUAUCUACCCUAAUUAUUACGUAAACAACUUAGAAAUCACUUCACCCGNGUCACCCGACAACAAGUCGACACUGCUGGUGUCAGGUCUAAGCUUCGAGGUGAAAUCGGGCGAGAUCCUGGCGGUGCUGGCCACGUCGCAGCACGAGGCGACUGGCUUGCUGGACGUGCUAGCGGGAGUGAGGAAAAAACUCUCCGGCGAUAUUGUGAUAAACGGGCAGCCAGUAGCUUCGUCGACCCUCCGCAAGGUGGCGGCCUACGUCCGGAACGACACCAAUCUGUGCCCGAAUAUGACAGUGGAACACACGCUGAGGUUCCACGCCGCGCUGCGGAGACCGAGGAGCAACCACAACCAGGUCAAAAUGGACGACAGGGAUAGAAUAAACCUCCUAAUAGAAGAAUUAGGCUUAGAACAAGUGCGAGACACAAACGUCAGCCGCCUCACGCGGUCCGAGGUGCGAAGACUGAACGUAGCGUGCCAACUACUCCUGGAUAUGGCGAUUCUGAUCCUGGAUCAGCCUACUAAGGAAAUGGACAUCUUCGAUACGUUCUUCUUAGUGGAGUAUUUGAGGAAUUGGGCGAGCACAGGCAGGGUGGUUAUAAUUUCACUGCACCCGCCAACGUAUGAAAUCUUCGCUAUGUUGACGAAGGUGGUAUUAAUAUCUGCAGCCAGAACGAUGUUCAGCGGGUACAGAAGAGACAUGUUGCCAUAUUUCACCUCUAUCGACUACCCCAGUCCUGCUUUCAAGAACCCUUCGGAUUACUAUCUGGACCUGGUAACCCUGGACGAUUUAUCCGCGGCGGCCAUGUUGGAGUCAUCAGGGCGUAUCGAAGCCUUAGCGAAUGUGUUCGCGGGAGCGCACGCGCCGCCCGAACUUCCGCCCCCCGUGCCUCUGCCCGCGCCCGCUGCGACUCCUAACGUCGCGUUGCAAGUCUUCGCGCUUAUUGAAAAAAGCCUAGUAUUCACCCAGAUGACAACGCUAUCGAAUGUUGUGACGCGGGUUCUCAUCGCAGCUAUCAUGUCCCUGGUCACUGGCACUAUCUUCUGGGACUUACCUACAACUGAUGCUAAGCUAACCCAAAACGACCGGGUGGGUUUCCACUACUCCGUAAUGUGCCUGACAGUGUGGCCUAUACUGCUCUGGCUGAGCGCUCGGGAGGCGAGCUCCAUGCGGCACCACGUGGAAAGGGACAUCGCCGUCGGCCUUUACUCGAGAAUAGUCUUUAUUUUAUUUGACCAAUUUCUUGAGUUGUGGUCGGGCGUGCUAACGUGGCUGGCGUACUUGGUGCCUAGCUACGCCAUGUCUGGCCUAUAUGCGCAGACGCCGGGCUCCUUCGAUGGAUUUUAUAUUUAUUUAGGCUACAUGGUGCUAUACCUAGUCAGCAUCCAAAUGCUGUGCCGCGCCACCAUAUUCCUCGUGCCAAUGGAGAAGACCGCAGCCAUCCUGUCAGGCCUCUGCCUUCUUCUUAGCACACUGGUCUGUGGGGUCACGCUUCACGAGGCAGACAUACCUAGAUUGGCCAAGUGGCUGCAAUACGUGUCCCCUCAAAGAUGGUUGAUGCCUGAGAUAUUGGGCAGAGAACUCAGUGAGACAGCCUUGAGGACCAGUAUUAGUAAAGACGCCAGGUGUACCAAUAAGCAGAGACCAUACCAGGACAUAAUCGUCCAGUCACCGUGCCCACCGCCGAACGGGACGCAAGUCCUGUCCAACUACGAGUUCCUUCAUUCCGCCCAGCUGUGGGAAUGGACCGACGAGAGCUUCCUAAUAGCCUUGGCUAUCUUCUACGCCGUCUUCGCGAUAGUCGCCAUAUUGGCUUUCACAUUCGACUGUACUAAGUACGCGAGGAGCAAACACAGGGCGUCCUUGAAAGGACAUAAGAUCACUGUCAAUACGCCGUAAGGGAAAUUGGUAGUCAGUACAUCUACGUAUCACAAAAAGUUCUUCAAUUGAUUUUGAACCUUGC